AUGGCCACUGUCAGCACCUCAGAUACCAUCAAUGCAGGCGAGCAUGUCUUCAUCAAAAUGCCCAGCGACAAUGUCAAAUGCAUCGUCUUGAAGCCCAAUUCGACCGUCUCACUGGGAAAGUUUGGAACGUUCAAGACUAACGACAUUAUCGGCCGAGCAUGGGGCAACACAUACGAGAUCUACGACAAGGAUAACAAGACCCGGGUCUACCAUCCAGACGAGAUCAGUGAGAUCGAAGAGACUGAGAACAACAACCGAGAGAUCAUCGACGACUCAACCUCACAGAAGCUAACAUUGGAAGAUAUCCAGGCCCUCAAGAGCGAGGGACUCAAGGGAGAACUCACGGGAGAGGAAAUUGUCAACAAACUGAAGGAGAGCCAUGCCACAUUCGACAAGAAGACGGCGUACUCACAGGCGAAGUAUCUGCAGAAGAAGGGCAAGAAAUUCCACAAGACUUUUACACCGAUCAAACCGACCACAUACUCUGUCAACGAGUAUUUUUACAUCAAGAACCCAGCAAAGAUCAGGGACAUUCGGAUGGACACGCUUUCGCAGCUCUUGUCGUACUCGAACGUGCAUGCUGGAUGCAGGUUGCUCGUUGUUGACGAUACGCAGGGGAUGGUCGUCUCGGCCCUGGCUGAGCGUAUGGGAGGCAAGGGAACGAUUCUUGGAAUGUACGACGGCGACAACCCACACUAUGACGUUCUUAAAUAUAUGAACUUUAACCAAGAGAUUCUCGAUUCAGUAAAAGUGUUAUCGUGGCUCCGUAUUCACCGUGCAGAAGACGAGAGUAGGUCAUGGACUAGACUUUGGUCAUCAUUUCGAAAGGACCUGGAAGGCUACUACCGUCGUCUAAAGGCAUAUACAAUCGUAGAGGAAUCACGUAAGAUUUUGUUUGAGGGAGAUUUUGAUGCAUUGAUUGUUGCAUCGCAGUAUCAGCCAGAGUCGAUUCUCGAGAAGCUUCUCCCGUAUGUGCGUGGAUCAAGACCUGUGAUUGUGUAUCAUCCUCAUAAGGAAGCUCUGUUGGAGACGAGCACAUGGAUGCGAAAGUGCCCAGAUCUGCUGGCUCCGCAAUUGACAGAGAGUUGGUUGAGGAAAUCGCAAGUCUUGCCAGGAAGGACUCAUCCGGAGAUGUCGACAUGGGGCUCUGGCGGAUGUUUGCUGACAGCGACAAAGGUGAUUGAUCAGCCUGUGCAGGCAGCAUUGACGAAGAGGGAGCGCAUGGCGAUGGAGAAAAGGAAUGCGGAGGUCAAAAAGUUGAAGCGGGCACGCGAGGAAGCAGAGAGCGCUUCGGUAUCACCUGCGGUGGACUCUUCAACAGAAGACAUAACAGUAGCGGAGACGACAAGCAGCGGCGUAGUUGAAUCUGACGGUGUUGACGUGGAGAAGGAGGGCGAGGAGGAGGGAGUCGAACGAACGAACAAGCGCAUCAAGCAAGAAUAA